AUGGCUCUGCGCCCAAAGCCCUGGCUCCACGAUGAGGUCAAGACUCAACUCGACCUCGGACACAGCUGGUUGGAGGAGAAGAACAAGGCCAAGGCAGAGCGCGACAGACCGUCGGCCCAUCUCGACGGAAAGUGGGAAGGCCUCUAUCACGACAACGGCUCCUGCAUCGACAUCGUCGGGCCGUUCGGCUCAGACGUGCAAGUGCUCGUCCUCAGCGUCAAUCCCCUGGUCGUCACAGACGGCCGCCACUACACCGAAACUUCUCUCGCCAGCGCCUGUCGCAACCAUCUGCGCGCGCGAUUCCCCGCCCGCCAUACUGCCGUGGGCACGGUUUGGGCCGUCAAGAAGUACACCUUACGAUACACCUCCUACGGCCCUCCGCGCAACAAGCUCCAAUUCAUACUGGACGCUGUCGACUGGGUUGGCGAGGGCCAUAGAAGCAGAAUUCGGGUGGACUCUGUAGUGCGUCUGAACUACUCUGACGGCAUAGCCUCAACGCUGCAACAGCUUCAUAAUACCCGCGUGCAAGAAGACCACCGAUGCUUGCGGCCACAGCCACGGGAAGAGAACCUGGACGACGGAACACGCACAAUGGCAGGUGCAGAUGAGCCGCGUGACGAAGAUGCUUCGAUGAACACCCAAAUGCCAUUUGGAACGCAGCUUCAGCAUCCAAUCAGGUCGCGGAGGAAUGGGAAUGAUGAUGAUGAUGGUGGUGGUGGUGGUGGUGGUGGUGGUGGUGGUGGUGGUGGUGGUGAUGAUGGUGAUGAUGACGACGUUUCGUUCGUGGGCGUCAACAGACUAGAACCCGUGCUGGCUGGCAACACACAGAGGGCAGAGCUGAAACCUCGAUCAGGCAAUGCAUCCUCAGAGGCCCAAAAGCAAAAGCAACUUCUAUCGCUCUUGGGAAGAGCCCAGCCGCCAGUGGCUCCCCAGGCUCGAGUUCGCGAUCGCGCAAGCACGAGACCACAGCCAAGAAGGUCUGCAGAACAUGCUGCCGCAACUUCGCCCCGACCCAGAGAAAUUCAGAGCAAACGAGCAGAUCGAGAGAGAACUGAGGAGCUGGUGGCGAGCUCGACUCAGGCUCCGCCAGACAAGGGCAAGAAGCGCACGCGAGAAGUCGAGAACGAAUCGCCGUCAUCUCACCAUCCGGCGAACACCUCUUUCUCAGAGAAGGAGCCCAGGAAGAGCAACGCCAGUCAAAUGGACAGAUUUGCAGCCGAAUGUCCAUGGAUGAAGGGACUCAGGUUCAAUCGGGCGUCUGCAACCGUACCUGACGAUCAGGCUUACAUCCUCCAGAAACCUGAAAGCUGGUACAAACCGCAGGUUGGCCAGCGCUUCCCCGGUGCCAACAUACCCGUUCAGACUCUCAUGGUUCUCAGCAGAAUGGCGGACGAGAGGGCUGCGCUUGAAGGUGCGGAUAGCUCAGGCUCAUUCCACGAUACGGAUCCAUCAUCUGGAUCAUAUCCACCCAAUUCUGCGCCUCAGCCGGCGGACGAGCAGGACAGCGAGUCAGAGGACGAGGCUCUUACGAGUCCAGUCUCCUGGAAUACCUCGCCCACCCCUGAGCCUCCGCAACGACCUCCCUGGCGUCAUCAAGGGCUUCCUCCUGAUUCGAGCAUCGAAGUGCCGCAGGGUGUCGCGGAGUCUGCAGUACGACGAGAUCAUUCGCCGCAUCCCACCCUGCCUGCCUCAUCACACGAGAACGAGGUAGAUCUUCCGCCAUCGUCGCCUCCCGCUCAUCAGGCAGCCGAUGAUAGCGAUGACGGAAUGGAACUGGAAAUCUCGGUCCCUCAGGCACUGGGAGAAGAUUUGGAGAUACAGCCAGCGUCUCGCUAUGUUCACACCCACAUCCCGCGUACCGAGCCACGCUCAAGAUCAAUCGUGCAGGUAAAGGAAACGCCUCAUGUCAAAGGCAAGAACGGCCAACAACCUGUCGUUACAAUCUCUCCACCAACGCAAGAGUCGAACAGGCACUUGGAGAACUCGUCAUCUGCGUCCAUAGUGCGAGCGACGUAUCAAGACUUGAGUUCUUCGGCGGUGAAAGAGACCAGGCUGGAUGCGCUUCACGAGAGCCACAGUAACAAUCAGCAAGACGGUGUUGGUACCGACCUCCCUACCCAGCCAAACGCAGCUCAAGGCUCAAUCCCCGACAAUGACGCUCAAGAUGUGUCCAUGUUCGAUGUGUUUGUACACGAAGAGCCUCCUCUAGACCCGACUCGACAAGAUGACAUGCAGAAGCAAACAAACAAUCUGCAGACAGAGACCUUACAGGAAGGCGGUCCAGCGCAACCGGAACCGACACCAAUGUCUGCUCAACUUCCACCUAAGGAUUCAAGCUCAGGUGAACAGGCUGCACCAGCACCAAACAGAAGCGUGCCCGCAAUAUCGGUGCAACCAGAAAGGGAGCCAUCGAGGCCGCCCUCGGCCACACCAAGUCUCACCAAACGUAAGCUCGAGACAACUUCUACCAGAGAGCGCAGGCGACCUGCGAAGCACAAGCGUCUCAAGAUUGUAAGCUUCGGCGGUGGAGACUCAGAAGCUCUACGCCAGCAGCGCGCAGAGUCCUUACGAAGGUCCGAGAUUGAGAGGCAAAAGUCAAGUGCAAGUGCCGAGAGCAGGCAAGGCUCGGUCAGCAAUGUAUCGGUACAGCAGGAUGCAGCUCCAAAGAUGGGAGACUUGGAUGACAAAGAGCCGAGAAAGCCCCCAGUCGAACAGGCGAAUGCUGCCGUGGAAGGUAACAUGUCUCCUCGUCAUCAGAGUCUCUACGCUUCACCCAGUCCAGUACUGCGUCCCGCAGCGGCACCUCGUACUGCUGCAUCGAUAACUGAAAGCAUCAAUCUUGAUCAGCCGGAGCAGGAUACGUCUGGAAAGCAUACCAUACCCCAGGCGGCUUCAGAGGAACUAGUCGCAGCACAACAGAUGCAAACGCAGCCUCGGCCCAAAAGCCCGCCAGAACACCAGUCGGAGCCCCAGUUGGGGCCAGCGCCCGUAUCUGCACCAGUGCCUGUACCAACUCGACCAAGCCCACAGGUUCCAGCACGCACAGAGCAGGCGCCACCAGCUGCACCAGUUGAUGUUUCAACAUCAUUGACGGUUUUUGAAAGGUUCAAAGCUGCAUACUCUGAGUACACAGGCACCGUCGAGCACUUCACAAACCAGUGCACGCGAACGGAAGAGCUCGAUCGAGAAGACAAAAUGGUACCGAAGUGGAUGUGGGACGACUUCAUCAUCCGUAAUCAGACCGACUACAGAGAUUAUGCAUCCAAAUGCAUCGAUUCAGGAGACGAGCCGAUGCCGUACAUUCGUUUCUACAAGGACAAUAUUCGAGACGCGAUUUACAAGAACGGUGUCAUCGAGUCAAGAGCUGUGCUGCUCAAGGCGCUCCAGGAGCUCGGCGUUCAGCCUCGUAUGAUUGUGACUCCAACGCCGCAGCCACCUGUCAAGCAAGCGGUUCGACAGCCGAGUCCCCAGUCUCCUCCACCACCCGUGCGACACUCCACACACAGUCGUCCAUCUCAUCAGCAGUCAGUGCAGCCACCCCCUCAGCAACCCAUCCAGGCGUCACCUCGACAGUCUGCUCAACGACAGACUCAAUCUCCAACGCCACCGCCAAAGAAGAAGUCAUCACGGAAGUCUCUGCCCUUCACACUACCCAGCAAUCCAAUGUUAGACCGCGUCAACGGCACACCUCGCAUUCGUCAUUCGCUCCCCGCAAACUCAUCUCGUGCCGCUCCAUCAUCCACUCCCGCUCCGACACCUUCGGCACCGCCAGCCCCUGGCGCUCGUUCGAAACGCAAGUCCAACUUGCCUGAGCUUCUCAAACAGUACAGAGCCAACGAUGCGCCCCCCAAGCUGACCAGCGAUCGAUUCCGUGAAUUUUCGAGGGCACAGCAGGUAAUGACGAGCAUCACUGGGAGUACCAGGGUAAGCUCGACCUCAGACCUAAGGAAGGACAAGAGGGACAAGCGCAAGAGCUAA